AUGGAGAAUAAAAAUGGCAGCAGCUCGGUGAUGAAGGAGGAGUCGUCGUGGCAGGUCGAGCCGUCGGGAGGAUCGGACUUACCAGUACCAGGCGAUUUAUUAAAANCCCCCUCGCUCCCCACCUCCACCUACUUCGACCUCUUCGCCUCGCUCCCCCCCAUCCUCCCCCCCGGGCCCCUCGCCCUCCUCGGCUUCGGCGCCGGCUCCGCCGCGCGCCUCGUCCUCGCCCUCCACCCCGGGGCGCGGAUCCACGGCUACGAGCUCGACCCCUGCGUCCUCGCCUUCGCCCGCCGCUUCUUCGCCCUCGCCGACCUCGAGGCCCGCCACCCGCUCCGCCUCACCGUCCACGAGGCCGACGCCCUCGCCGGCCCCGCCGCGUCCGUCCCCGGCGGGUUCGCCGGGCUCAUGGUCGACCUCUUCCUCCGCGGGAGCGUCGUCCCCGAGCUCCAGGACGCGGCGACGUGGGCGGCGCUGAAGGGGCGGGUGAGGGACGGGGGGCGGGUGAUGGUGAACCUGGGGGGGCGGUGCGUGGAGGCGGAGGAGCGGAGGGACGGGGACGCGGUGAUGCGGGCGACGCUGGGCGCCAUGAGGGAGGCGUUCGGCGCGCACCAGGUGUUUGUGUUAAGUCUCGGCCGAGGCGGGGGCGACGAUGACAGCUUCGUCGCGCUCACGGGGCCGCUGCCGAAUUCAGAGCAGUGGAAGCGCAAGUUGCCCCCCGCCCUGCGCGGCUACGUGGAUUUGUGGCGCCCCUGCAGCGAUCUGCUCCGUUAAACUAAAAAAAAAAGAGAAAAGAUGAAACUUCAGACUUUCAGGAGCCAGCUCCCCAUCCAUCAUCCUCUGCCACUUGUUAGUUUUAUCCUCGUCUAAUAAUUAUUGAUUAGAUUAGAUAUAUAUUUUUUUGGAUAGAGAUAAAAUUCGCACGUGACGAUGGAUUAGGGUCAUCCAUCCUAGAAAUAUUUUAGUUUCACUAUAUCUAAUUUUUUUAACAUCUUGGGUCUAACUACCAUCUAUUAAAUUUUAUUAUAUCUUAUAUAUAGAACUAGUUACCGUCUCACAUUUUUCUCCUUUUAAGUUCUGACGUUCUCGUCAAGGUUAGAUUCGUAAGUAUCGGACGAUCUGAGACGUGUCUCGCUAGCCUUAAUCGACAUUGUGGGAAAGCCAUGCUCCACCUAUUAAAUCAUCUGCAUGAGAGUUUCGUUCUCCCCACUGUAUAAUCUGGAUUAGCUGAAAUUCAUUCACACUUUCGACUAGUUAUUGGCUCUAAUACCAAUUGUGAUGCCCCACUUUACAGGAAAUUAUUCAUUCUAGAACUAUUCUAGUUCUAGCAUACUUAAUUCUUUUAAUCUCUUGAGUCUAAGUACCGCUCAAAAUAUUUUAACUGAAUUAAGAGAUUUUGU